CAGCAAAGGUAUUUAUCGAAAAGCCCUGAAUAAAAGGCUCCACACACACACAAGCACACACGCGCUCACACACACAGAGAAAAUCCUCUUGCCUGUUGAUUUAUGGAAACAAUUAUGAUUCUGCUGGAGGAUUUCUCAGCUGAGAAAUAGUUUGUAGCUACAGUAGAGAGGCUCAAGUUGCACAAGGCAGACAACAGACAUGGAAUUCUUGUGUAUCCAGCUGUUAUAAACAGAACAAAAGUCAAGUAGCAAACAGCACCGCAGCAACUGGGCUUAUUACAACCUGUUUUUAUAAGGAUUUAUCAACACAGAGUUAUUUAAGGAGGAUCCUGUAUUGUUAUCAGAAACUAAAAGGAUAAGGGUAACAAUUUGGAAAGAGCAACUACUCUUUCUUAAAUAAGUCUAUAUAAUUAACAGAUAGGAAGAGGUCAAUGACCUAGGAGUAACAAUCAACUCAGGAUUUUACUUUUCAUUAUGUUAUUCAUGAACACCCGGAGCACUACACUAUAAUGCACAAAUGGAUACUGACAUGGAUCCUGCCAACCUUGCUCUACACAUCAUGCUUUCACAUUAUCUGUCUAGUGGGCACUCUAUCUUUAGCUUGCAAUGACAUGACUCCAGAGCAAAUGGCUUCAAAUGUGAACUGCUCCAGUCCCGAGCGACAUACCAGAAGUUAUGAUUACAUGGAAGGAGGGGAUAUAAGAGUGAGAAGACUUUUCUGUCGAACACAGUGGUAUCUGAGGAUUGAUAAACGAGGCAAAGUAAAAGGGACCCAAGAGAUGAAGAACAAUUACAAUAUCAUGGAAAUCAGGACAGUAGCGGUUGGAAUUGUGGCAAUCAAAGGGGUGGAAAGUGAAUACUAUCUUGCAAUGAACAAGGAAGGAAAACUUUAUGCAAAGAAAGAAUGCAAUGACGACUGCAACUUCAAAGAAUUAAUUCUGGAAAACCACUACAACACAUAUGCAUCAGCUAAAUGGACACACAGUGGAGGAGAAAUGUUUGUUGCCUUGAAUCAAAAGGGAGUUCCUGUAAGAGGGAAAAAGACAAAGAAAGAACAAAAAACAGCCCACUUUCUUCCUAUGGCAAUAACCUAAUCAUAUAUGGUAUAUAAGAAACCAGUUCCAGCAGGGAGAUUUCUUUAAGUGGACUGUUUUCUUUCUUUCUUUUCUUUCUUUCCUUGUUUUUUUUUUUUUUUGAAGUAACCAAGAAAGGCUGGAAAACUACUGAAAAACUGAUCAAGCUGGACUUGCGCAUUUAUGUUUAUUUUAAGAGACUGCAUUAAAGAAAGAGUUGAAAAAUAUACACAAAAAUCAGAUUUAGUAAUAAAAGUUGUAAAAAAUUGUAAAACUGGUUGUACAAUCAUGGUGUUAGUAAUAGUAAUGUUCUUCUUAAAUUAAUUUACCCUUAAGAGUAUGGUAGAUUUGAUUAUCUGAUAAUGAUUAUUUAAAUAUUCCUCUCUGCUUAUAAAAUGGCUGCUAUAAUAAUAAUAAUGCAGAUGAUGUUAUAUAAGAUAUGUCAGACCCUAAAGGCUGCUGAAAUGAUUUGUCAGAUAAUCAAGCCAACACUAAGGAAGAUGAGCAGUAAUUUGAAAUGCUUUCCAAUGAAAAAUUAUAAUCCACUUAAGCUCUAAUCAGAAAAAAUCUAUUAUGGAAAUGAAUAAGAUAGACCAUUUUACAAAAUUAUUGGCUUAGAACAUGCUUGUACUUAUUAACAAGAACAAAAUUCUUAAUGCUGCUCAAAUUGAAAGGCUAUUGCUACAAGGAUGUUUUUAAAAAUUUUGUAUAUAAAGUAGCAAUAAUGAUGAUAAUACUGUAUUUCAUCUCACUUGCCACAAAAUAACAUUUUAUAAUCCCUAGAAGUAAAAUUCAGAAAUGUUUAAAUUUUUUUGAGUAACAUAAUCUAUCUUUUGUACAAUUCAUAUUUGGGAAUAUGACUUUUAAUAAUGUUCUCCCCAUAAAUAAUCAUGCUUUUUUUCUGUGGUUACAGCAUUAAACUCUAUUUUAAGUUGUAUUUGAACUUUAUUGUUUUGUUAUUUAAGUUUAUGUUAUUUAUAAAAGACAACCUUAAUAAGCUGUAUCUGUUUCAUAUGCUUUUAAUUUUAAAGGAAUAACAAAAGCGUCUGGCUGAAUUGCAAAUUUCCCCUCCCCCUUGUGACCAACACCAAGACUAGUACACAACACUGGGGCCAGCAAAUUCUGGAUGGCAGACAAAAAUGACAGCCUGCAGCAAUUCUUACAAUAGAAGUCUCACAAGGAAUAAUACAAAUAUGUGAAAAAUGUUUUGCCACAACACUCUCGCCAAUUAAAUUGGAUCGUAUAAGUAAAAUCAUUACAGAUGAAAGCAGUUACAGAAUUUUAAAGUUAGAAUAUAUUUGAGUGCAUGAAUAGAACUGUAUCAUUUAAAAAAACUGUGUCUAUUAAAAGUUAAUUUUCUAACCUCUAGAAAUAUCCACCAUCCAAAAUAUGAAAGUUAUUUUCCUGUUAGAUGGCAAGAGCACAAUGCUCCCAAUACAGAAUAUAGUUAGGGACACUAGCCCCUGAAUACCAUGAGGGCUUGAGGUGAGGCCACAGAUAUCAGGCUUAUCAGAAAGACAAGUAACUAUUUCAAAAUUCUUCCUUUGGUAGAUGUUGGCAGUACUUUUUAUGUUGUGCUUUUAAUUUCAAAAUGUUUGUCAUUCAAUCCCUUUACAUUAUAUAAAAUAUUAUUUGGUAACACAUCAAUAAGAGAGUUGUAUGAAAAAGUUUUGUCAAGAGAAAUAGUAGUCAUUUAAUUUUCUUAUGUUUUACUUACAUGAUCAGGCUUCAGGAAGCUAGGAAGAAUUGCCCUUCCUCAGAUAAACUCUGGGAAGAUGUUACAUAAUUAUUACUACAUAAUUUAAAGACCUUACUAGUCUAGGUCCUUAGAUCAGGCUUCUGUGACUGAAAUCUUGUGAGCAUAUUGAGGGGAGAGGAGAACUAACAUUUUUCAUAUUUGUUUCCUUAGUGCUUAGCAGAGUGUUUAUCCAUAAUUGAUUUUCUGGUAUGAAUUAAGUCAAUGUUUGAAUAGCAAAGAAAAGUUGUAAUGAAUACUUCACUUAAAAUUGAAGUGAAACAUUAUUAUGCAGAGACUUAUAUGGAAAUAGUAUAUAAACACAUACACAAUGUAGUUAGGCAAAACCUAUAGUUGCAAAUCCAUUUCUAGUAGUAUAGGUUAUCUAAAAUAAUCUCUCUAAGACCUUUUACUUUUAAUUCUUGUUUUUUUGCUCUAAUUUUCACAUUUAUCAUGCAAGUUUUAGGAAAUAAAAUCUGUUUUAGUUACAUAUAUUCAGAGUUAUAGAAUCUUAAAAACUUCAUGAGAACUUCAUCCUUCUUAGUUAUUUGUAGAUCAGGAAAAUGAGUUUUUUUAAUACCCAGAUAGAUGCAGAACUGUCACAAGAGUCUAGAUUACUUAGCAUAUGCUUCUUACUCAUAGAUUAUUAUGAUUAUUAGCACAUGGCCUCCUGGUUUUGUUUAGUUUUUAUUUCUAUUGAGAAAUGAUCUUUACAUUUGCAAACAAUUAUGAUCCAUUUGGUAAUUUACUUCAUAUACAAUAUUCAUCUAUACUGUGAUAAUUUCACCCAAAAGGAGAAAACAAAUGAUGCAAUUCUUAAUUCUGACUCCUAUUCAACUUUCAUGUACAUCUCUUUUAUAAAUGGAAAGCAUUGUGAAAAGUAUCCUUAUAAGCAACAUAAUCCUUUCUACAAAGCUCUUUAAAAGAGAAAAUUAGGUAAAAACAUGGGUUUCCAGAAACAAAUAAAAAAUUAAAAGAAUAUGAAAUGUUAAUAAAAUAAAUAAUAAAAGUUACUUUCAAUGCACUAAGUGAACUAAAACAUUUUGCCAUAGAUAAGUCAUAAUAAAAGUUGGCAGCCUUUGAGUUGGUUAUAAAAUUUGGCGAUUGAAUGACAAGAGAGAAAGGAUGCUGAUUUUUUAGAGUGCCAAAGAACGUAAAGGAUGCCUAUGCAGUCUAGCUGUGAUAAAAGCAAUUCUGUAAAUACAAAACCCUGAAGCUGUACCCUCAGAUUUUCUAUUAAAAUACCUAUAAAUAGAAGAAUUAUAGGGUGAUAAUCUAGGGAAUAAUAUAGACAGUUCACCAAAGACAGAAAGUUUCCUGAAAAUCUUUUCUCUUAAAAUGUCUGUGAUUUUUGCAUAUUACUUCAAAAUAUGUUCAUAUUUAUUUUAAAAUAAAAAUGUCUUCUACUAACACCAGUAAGCAAAAUUAAAGACUCAGGACAUACAAGGUUUAUCAUGAGGCUUUAUUUACACCUCUACUCCAAUACUUGGGGAUAAAUCAGAUACAAGAGAUCUUAUAUAGUCUAGAUUUACAAUUAAGUAACAAAGUGCUCAAGGAAUGCAAAACUUAUCUAACUUCACUAUGUCCAGAAGUGAUAUUAAAAACAUUUAAUAGUCAGUGUGGGUGGUUCCUGUUCAAUUCGAAUAUACCAUUGAUCAUCAGAAUGGAUGAAGGCCACUAUGACUAACUAUGGAUACCAGAUGAUUAUCAACUCUGACCAUUUCUGUGAUCAUCUAAAACAGUUUUGGGAAAAUAUCUAUAAAUUGAUCUCUCUUGUUUGUGUCUUUAACGUGUAUCUUCAUAUCAAAUAAUUAAAACUUCAUUUCUGUUUCAG